UAAUUUUAUUUUUAAUUACUUUCGUACAUAUAUAGGUAGUAAUAUUUAAUCCAAGAACCAAUCACUUUUUUUUAGAAUUUUGUAACUUAAAGUUUAACAAAUUAAUCGAAAAAGUAUUGUAAAUUAUAUACAUAUUAUAAAAUGAAAAGUAGGCCAAAUUUUAAUAAUAGAUUAUAAAAUAUUAAUUUUUGAUAAGAUAAGAGAUUUUUCAACAUAUCUUCCACAAGUAUAUUGUCAUAAUUUUCCGAUAUUGUCUCAAAAGCCACUCUAUAAAUUAUCUAAGGUUCUCAUAAACGGGUUGUGAAAUAAAUUGAACUUUGAAUUCCACCUGUAUAUGGCAGAAUAAUGCAAGUCAUGAAAAUAACUUACGUCAUGCUCAAACUGUUAAUAUUGUGGUACCAAUAACAAGAAAAAACGUUAAUUUCGACUACACCGAAGUUAUAAUACCAUUUACGGUAUAAAAGAUAUUUAACUUGAUUUUGAUCGCUCAUUUUGUAAUGCAGCUAUAUCCUUUAGUGCACCGAUGUCGGCGGUUUCAGCAAAUUUGUAGCAAAAAAAAAAACUGAACAAAGAGUUACUUUGAAAUUUUGUGAUUCCAAUGGAAUUACGGUUACCGAAUCAUUGAAAAUGUUUCAGAAAUGUAUUGUGGAGUCUACUUUAUCACGAACACAAUAUUUUGUAUGGCACAAAACAUUCAGUGAGGGUCGGGAAGUCAUCGAAAACUUGUCUCAUGCGAGUCGUACAUCCACUUCUAUUAAUGACAAUCACAUGGUAAAAGUUAAAGAAACAGUGCUUGUAAAUCAUCGUGUUGGCACCAGAGAUAUAGCACAUCUUUAACGGAUCGACUCAACACAUUUUAGUUAAGGGCUUGGGUAUGAAGCGUAUUAACACAAGACUCGGAUCAGAAUACCAGAAUCUUUCAGUCCUGUUCAAAUUUGAUCAGAUUGUAGACAUACUUUAUGGGGUCGUCGACAUUUCCCUCUGUGUGACUUUAUGACAACCUUAAUAUACCUUGUUCAGGGUUACAUGUGUGUGCGUGUAUGUGCAUGUGAUAUUUGUUCACAAUCCAUAUAAGAAAAUAUAUGCACGGGUACUUUCGUCUUUAGUAGUUAUAUACUUGUACAUAUGUAUUUAAAUAAAAUACUGAAUAUGAUAACCGACGCGAUAAUUACUCUUGGAAAAGAGCAGAGCCGGCAAAAUUUCGCAUAAAGACCGUAAAUAUUUGACGCUAAAUGCAAUAGGUAAGGAAAAAUAUGAUAAGUUUCACUUAUUCACAAUUUUCAGCACGCACAGAAUAAUCUUAUCAAUGUACAAUACUUCACACUAUCCGUGACCGCCAGUCAGCAAAUACUUCAUAAACGAGAAAUCAUUUGUAUUAUUCAAUUAGUUGUUAGUACAACGUUGACAAUCACAUAACGGUUUUCGACAUUUAAAAUAAUAUAAAAACAAAAAAAUGGGAAAAAUAGAGUUGUACGCAAUUGGUGGAAGCGCGCCGUGUCGUGCUGUUUUGCUUACACUCAAAGCGUUGAAUGUGACAUUCGAAUAUAAACUGUUGAAUUUAAUGACUGGUGCGAAUCGAACACCGGAAUAUCUCGCCAUUAAUCCACAUGGCACAGUACCAACAUUAGUUGACGAUGGAGAGAUACUCACUGAUUCCCAUGCUAUUACCACAUAUUUGGUUGACAAAUACGGCACUGACAACUCACUAUAUCCAAAGGAUCUAAUCCAACGCGCCAAGGUCAAUCAAGUUUUAUUCUAUGAAGCCACCGUCGUUUUCGAUCGCACAUUCCUCAGUAUUAGCAACGCUGUCUUUAAUAAUAAUAAUGUGAUUCCAUUUGCCAAAAUCGAUGCCAUCUAUAAGGUAUACGAGCGUCUGGAGGGUUUUCUGCAAGCACAUACAUACGUGGCUGGCGAACAGCUAACGGUUGCCGAUUUUUCACUCAUCGCCACAAUAACCACCUUAUUUACGUACGCCGAACUCGAUGCGGGUAAAUAUCCAAAAAUCGCUGAAUGGGUUAGACGACUGGAGGAGCUGCCGUACUAUGCCGAAGCGAACGGUGUUGGAUUGAAGCAAUAUAAUGAUUUUGUAAAAACAGUUGGUUUUAAGGUUUUACGUUAAUUAAAAGAAACCCUGUGAUUAAUAAGUGAAAAAGUGUCUUUCAAUGUUAUUUAAAUAUAUGCUAGAUGUGUUUUAGUAUUUCACUUUGAAAAUGUAA